AUGGAACCACGGUAAGAUAACGUUUUAUUUUACAUAAUAGUUUAUACUCUGAAACUGUUUUUUAGAAUCUGGGCAUAACUUUCACUGCAUGAAUUUAAAAACCUCACUGACUGAACCAUGUCUCAACAAGUUGAGAAUGUUGCCUCAGGCACUCUGUUCUGUUCUCCAUAGCGUAAUUUAUGAAGGAUGUUGUUAUGUAUGUUAUUGCCAUAGAGCAGUGAGAAAAGUCAAAAACAUGCACUGCAUGCAUAACCAACAUCUUUCAAUAGUUAUUGUCAAUAGGCUUUUGAUUGACCAUGGAGUCAAUCAGUUCAUUUUGAGUUUUUUUCUCUUUUUCGAUUUAGGAAAGGAAUUGCAUGCAUCCAUGUUUUAAAAUCUUUCUAUGGAAAUCUGUUACCACAAUAUUAUGUUUAAAAUGUGUUAAUUGUGUAAUCUACAGGUCUGCUCUGCGUGGCUGUGGAUUCCUUGUCAUUUUGCUGGCAGUGGUGUUCCCCCCUCUUGAUGCAGCAAGGUAUGUGAAUCACUGGAGAUGAUGUUUGCUCACUCUACUGUUCAUCUGUGUUGCUGAUAAUCUAGCACAUAAUCCAGUCCAAUGUAGCCUUUAGUUUAAACCAUCCAAUUACCUUGCAGUUACUGUUAUAAUUGUAUGAAUGUGGAUAAUCCUAAAAUAUUCACAAGAUAUUCUGUAUUAUACAAUAAUAAUAGAAGUCAAAAUUAAAAGCAAAUGCAAUGAAAUUGGAUUCAUAAUCUUUAACAGACUCCAAAUAGAGAAACGGUAUUGGUUCAUGACUGCUUUCAAGGGUCAGCGUUUUUAGAGAUGUACUAAAAAUACAUAGUAUUUUAAUAGUACCUUUUAUCAGACCCCAAAACGCUUUUACAAUAGGCAGUUUUAAGGAAAACAAAACCAACCACAAUGUAGGCCUACUAGGAUAGGGUAGAGGAGAGGCCAAACCAACAAGAUCACAGUUUACUGUUGCUUCAUUCAGAAUCAUGAUGGGUUCAACAUGGAUUUAAAAGCCUUGAUAACUAUUGUUUACAUGGACAUUACUGAUCUGGUUAUUACAAUAUUUCUAUACUUGAUUAUUAUAUACUUAUAACAUAAUUAUUACACUUUAUUAUAAAAAAUGUUUUGCUCUCCUGUUGUUGUAGUCAGGCAAUAAACCAGGAGUUGUCAGACCUCUUCAACGAGCUCUGGAAGCUGGAUGUGAACCGCAUGAAGCCUGGGACUGACUACACCAUCUCUGUGCAGGUGGGAUAUGACUAGGGCCCCCAUGACUAGAGUUUUCCCUGACCACCUUACCUGACACACAUUCCAUUAUUAGUUACAGGCUAUAACUAGGACCUGGACAGGAACAAACUCCUGGCCCUAAUUUACACCUCAUAAGUAGGCCUCCUGGACAGGAAAACCUCUGAAAUGUCCCUCCUAAGAUGGCCUGCUAAGAACAAAUUCCAGUCCCUACUGAAAUACCCCUCCCUAAGAUGUAGGCCUGCUCAGGAAAAACUCAGGUCCUUGUACUGAAUUACAUCUCAUAAGAAGAAGGCCUAGCCUAUGUUAUUUUGACGAGGGAAGUGUUUAGUUGUUGGUGUAUUUGUAUGUGUCGUCCACUCCAGGGCAAAGCUGGCUAUGUCUCCCAAGGCAGUAACCAUGCCAGGGACCAUGCCUCAUCGCCUCUCUUCUCCAAUGUCAAUGAGAACAAACUGAAGACCGUUACUACCUUCUCCCGUAAGUAUCUGUGACUACAUCAAAAUUGGGAAACAAAUUGUUAGGAUAGACUAUAUGAACUGAACAUAGUAGUGAACUGAAGUAGUCUCAUAUAGACACAAACAUUGAUGUUAUAAUGUAUGAAAAUGUAUGCACUCACUAACUGUAAGUCGCACUGGAUAAGAGCGUCUGCUAAAUGACUAAAAUGUAAAUGUAAAAUAAUGUAAUUAUGUUUGUGUUUUUCUGAGACUUUAGAAUUACUUUAAAAUUACUUUCUGUUACUUUCAAAUGCCAUUCUAAUGACUUUCUGUGACUUUCAAUCUCUUCUUUGAUGUGUUCAACGACAUUCCGCUGCAGGAUUCAUGAAGCUCCUGGACAACUAUGAGAGGUCAACAGGCGUGGCAGAGCGUGUCAGCCCAGAGGAGGUCACAGAGAACAAUCUCUUCCUGGAUGCCAUUCUGAACACAGAGGUCAUGAAGGUACAGCAGAACAUGUCACCUAAAUUGCCUACAAUUGGUAUAGUGGUCCUGUGUGGCUCCGUUGUUAUGAGCGUGGCUGGGGUUCGAUUCACAAGUAUUGCAAUAUUAUUUUAGCAGAAUUUUUUUUUUUUUUGGAACAUGUUCUGAACACUUUUUUCUCAAAAGCUUGUCUUCUCAUGGUUCUCUCUUGUUCCUCUGCAGCAGACAUAUAGUGAGCAAUAUGUUUGGAACAUCGAAUCACAAUACAUAUAGAAUUGUAAUACAUAUAGAAUCGCAAUACAAAUCGUAUCGGCACCAAAGUAUCGUGAGGUCCCUGGCAAUUCCCAACCCUAAGCUAUAUGCAUAAAUGCUUUUGAGUUUGCCUGAAAAUAGUGUUUGUGAGUGGGCUCCCAUGCUCCACUCAAGGUCAGUAGCUACUCUGUGAAACCAAAGUCCAGAGGGAGUAUUGGCUCUUCCUGUCACACUCUGUUCUUGGACGCCCCUGGCCACGAUGUUAGGAGAAAAACACAGGGAACAAUGCAGUACAUCUAAAACAUCUGGGAAGUCUUGGCAUGCUGUCUUGGCUGGGGCCUUUUCUCAAAUAAAGACCUUACAGCCUGUGGGGACACAUGUUCAAAAUGUGUAUAAUACAAUGUAUCAUUUUGAGAUUAACAUUUCUAAGAAAAUUAUAACAGGCAAGUACAACAACAUUUCUGUAAAUCCUAAACAGGAGUAUGCCCUCUUAUGUAUAAUCAUGCAUAAAUGAUUUAACAGUGUCCUUUGUCUGUGUUUUAAGAUUAUUGGUCAUUGUGACAUCUCACAUUGACAAUAUGGACAGAGAGGAGUUUGGUGUGUGUGUGUCACUUGGUGAAUUUAUUUCUGUAUGUUUUUCCCACAGCGUGCCCACAGGUACCUAGUUAGCAAGGGCCAGUCCCACUCAGACCUGAGGACGUUCAAGGGUCAGCUGUACACCAUCUGGUUCCGCCUCUACCACAGAGACAGAAGUGGAGGGUAAGAAUUGGGGAGUAUUCAUUAGUGCACACCAUAGCUGUGAAGGUUUGACUGUGGGCAGGCCUUAUUUCCACUAGGGGGAGUGGUAGGACCACAUUCAAGCCCUCACAUGAAUACUAAGGGUGGUUGAUGAUCCCCAAUCAGAGACAGCUGUCUAGAGUUAGUCUCUGAUUGGGGAUAGUAUUUAGGCACCUCUCACAUCCACCUGUGUGUGGAUCAUUGUUCGUGCUUGUCUGCUAUUGUGUUCACGGCACGUAAGUCACUUGGUGCUGGUCUCUUUUUGCUUAUUUUUGAGAACGUAUAGUGUGAUAAGUUUAAUAAAAGGAUGACACUCUACGAGCGCUCCGUUUACCGUCCCUUAACUCAGCAUCGUGACAAUAGCGAAACGUUUUGCAACAGAAAACAUGUUGCAGUUGUUACAAGGUACAACGUAUGCUAGUACUGCAAUAAACAAUAUACUAUCAAAGGAAUGCACAAAGGAUAAUUAAAUAUGACAUGGUACACAGGGAACAAGGGCUCAUGGCAAAAAAACAGAAUGUCCUCAAAUCAAAAAGCAAAUCAUUUGUAAAAGGAGAGAAGACGAGUUCUGAAAUUUCACAUACGCAUCAGAGAAAACAAUUGAACUAAAUUCAAAUCUUGGUUGUGUUUUCAGUAGUUCAUUACUUUUCUGCAAUGUAGUGGUGGAGUUAACUACUGGAACUACACUACUGGUUUACAAAAAAUAAAACAUGGGUGAAAUAGGCAAAAAUCUCAUUUUUCGGCAUCAGACCUGCCUAAUUCUCACUUGAAUUAUAGUUUGUGUGUUUAAUAAGCUAAAUUAAAUGUUCUGUUAACAUCUGACAUCUUCAGUGUGAACUGUUCUUGCAAUUUGUAGUCUAUGACAUUUUAGAGUUCAGAUAUAAUAUUUUAUCACAAAGUAUUUUGGAUGUAGUGAACAACUUUUUUCAGAGUAACUUUAGUUAAGUAAACUAUAUUUUUCUUAAGGGUAGCUUUGGUGUAGCUUAACUUCUUCCAGUAUGAAGUAAUUAGUAGCUUGGUAAACUAUAUUUUCAGAGUAGCUUCCCCAACACUGGUAAUGAAUAGGGUGUUUCCCCCCUAGUAAAGCAAGGCCUAUCAUCAAUGAAUAGGCUAGAAUAUUCUACACGCAACAGACCGAAGACUGAACACACACUCGCAUCAUUAGCGAAGCGAAAGAGCAGGGGUGUAAUCAUUCGUCCAAACAGUUGCAAAAUGGAACGUUUUGCAACUAAAACAAGAGUUUCUAAUGGACAAAUGCAGGUAGGUCCCUUCCCGUUCCGUUUGCUUCCAUGUUAGAAUCGGCAUAAUGAAUACACCCCCAGGCGAGCCAGCGCGAGGGAGAGAAAUUAGGGUUUUAUUUAUAUUACACAACUUUCCCCAGGCCUUUAUAGCCUAUCGUCUAGUUAGGCUAUAACACAGAUAAUAAUGUUUUGUGAUAAUUGCACUGCGAUUAAAAUUUUGUUUAAAAUUAAAUAAAAUUAAAAAGUGUAGUUUUUCAGUUUGGGAUUUUUGUUAACGUUAAGGAUCCCAAUUUCGUUUAACAAUUCAAGUAUUUAAACGUUCACACCCCUAUACUGUACUUGACUAUACUCUAUUGUACUGUAGCCUACUGUACUGAACUCUACUUUACUGUACCUUACCGUAUUGCACUUUACUGUACUGUACUCUGCUGUCCAAACUUGUGAAACAUAGAUGUUUAUGAUUGGUUUAGAUUUGGUCUGGUCCAGACCGACCAAAUUUGGUCUUGUUUGGGGGCGGAGCAAGUGUUAAUUUUGACAUUUACAUUUUGGUAAUUUAGCAGAUGCUCUUAUCCAGAGCGACUUACAUUCAACUUUCAUUCAACUAAGGUAGAUUAAAAAAAAACACAUUAGGUUCAUAGCAAGUAAAACGUUUCUGUAACCGUUACUGAGAAUGUUGUUGAAGUGUUCUGUUGGUUUUGUCAGAAGACUUUUAAAGCUUUUAAAAAGGCUAAAGUAAGCACAAGUGAAAGAUGGGGACAAUAAUAAAUAUUCCAUACUGCAAUCUUUAGUUUAAGAAAUGAUUCUUACUUUAAUUGGAAAUAAAUUAUUCUGAAUGUGAUAUGCUUUCUUCAUUGACAUGUAGAUAUAGUAUAUGUGAAAUUAUGUUCGGUCCUGAAAAUACGUAUUUUCAACAUCCAGAAAGUUCGUAUUUUCAACAUCCGGAAAAUACGUCUUUUCAACUUUCAUUCAGAACCGAAAAUGAACCAGAUUUCAACGUCCGGAAAAUAUGUAUUUUAGACGUUUUUUCAACACAAUUUUGCUCACUAGAUCCUACAUGUGUUGAUUUGUAGGAGAGAGUGGGGUAAUGAGCCACUUUUUACAUUAUCCACCACUAUGGAAACUUUCUGAUAUUGCUCUAAGUAUGAUAAAUAGUGGGUCCUUAUCUAAUGAUAUAUUUAAUGAUCUGUUUAUUGUUGUAAUUGCAGCUCACCAGUAUUUUUUCUAUGUCCAGAAGAUGUGGACCAUAUCUGCCACUUGUUCACUGCUUCUCUCCAGCAGUUUGGCUGUUUAUUGAGGAACAUUUUGACCACCAUUUCUGGAGUUUGAUAGAACUGGGAUUUCCCAUUGGAAUUCCCGCCACAAAUUUGAGUUUGUUACUUUGUGUGAAAUGUGUCUUAUCCCAGACUGUUGUUCAUUUGACAGUGAGGACUCGUGCGGAUUUGAGCAUGUGUUCGUUGGAGAGACUAAAUUCGGAAAUGAGAUUGCCGGUUUCCAUAACUGGGUCCAGUUCUACCUGCAGGAGAAGAGCAGGAAUUUGGACUACAAGGGAUACAAAGCCAGGGACCAUGACAUAGUAAGAGUCCUAACAGCCCUUUUCAAAGCAUGUAACAUGUGCCUGCCAUAUUGUUUUUGAGAUGAUUGAUCAAAAUUACCUUUACUUUGAAUUGCAUUGACAUGAUCUCAAAACCUACACUCUCUCACUGCAGCUUCAAACAUGUCUACCUCAUGUUAACUUAUGCUUGUUCCCAACCCACACAAACCAACUUAAUGAAUUAUAUAGUUUACUUUUGUCUAACAAAGAUGUCCCCCACUCUUUCUCACUUACUCACACACACACAGCCUGACCAAGAUGACCACGUCCUGAACCUCCAGUUCAGCUGGCACGGUUUGGUGAAGCCGGUGGGCAGUGCCUUCGUGGGGGCCAGUCCGGAGUUUGAAAUGGCCCUCUACACCAUCAUCUUCCUCAUCAACACACAUCGGAGCACCACAGUGGUGGUCAACAUUGACGAAUGUCAGCUGGAGGUGGUGGUGGUCAGGCAUGGGCGCUCCAUCGGGACGGCCUACCCCAAACUGCUUAGCAGCAACAACAGGCACCUGUAG